AGGGUAGAAUUAAAAUUGUUGGCAUGGACACUAGGAUUUCUUGGUUAAGAAAUGAAAUUUGAUUACACACGCAGCAUAGAAGUGCAGAGCACUGAAAACGGUAUCCAUCAAUCAAUCAGCAGGGAAGAAAAAGAAAGGAAGGAGCGAUGUGGUUAACAGCGAAACCCAUUCGACAACUAUGCUUCCCACUCCCAAUCUCAGUCCCAAACAAGUUCUGCAAUUGCAGCUUAUCCAUAACAGCAACAACCAACACCAACGCCGAAAUUACUACUACUCUCACUCAAACUCCUAAGCCAAAGCCGAACCCUAAGUCGACGUUGAAGAAGCGAAAGAGGUACCGGAAGCUAUAUCCCGGAGAGACCACCGGCAUCACCGAAGAGAUGAGGUUCGUCGCCAUGAGACUCCGCACCAACGACACCGUUUCUCAACAAGAACACCAAUCGCAUUCCGACGCGUGGCAGGCCUCCAUGGAAGGCUUCCUCUCUUACCUCGUCGACAGCCACCUCAUCUUCGCCACCCUCCAACGCAUCGUCGACGAAUCCGACAACGUUUCCUAUGCAUACAUGAGGAAAACUGGGUUGGAAAGAUCAGAAGGGCUGUUGAAGGAUCUGAAAUGGUUGGAGGAAGAAGGAAAUAUGAUUCCGACUCCUGGUUCUCCAGGGCUUACAUAUGCCAAAUAUUUGGAGGAACUCGCAGAGAUAAGCGCACCCUUGUUUCUCUCCCAUUUCUACAAUAUCUAUUUUUCUCAUAUAGCUGCUGGUCAGGUCAUUGGAAAGAAGGUUUCUGAAGAGCUCUUGGAAGGCAAGGAGUUGGAGUUUUACAAAUGGGAAGGAGAUGUACCUGACUUGUUGAAAGAUGUUCGUGAUAAGCUCAACAUGCUUUCAGAGCAUUGGUCUCGAGAUGAAAAGAAUAGAUGUUUAAAAGAAACUACAAAGGCAUUCCGGUAUAUGGGACAAAUUGUUCGUCUAAUUGUCUCAUAAAUAGACAUUUGUUCUUUUUUUUUUGUUAACAACACUGCCGUCUUUGAUGGUAAGCUUUCUAAUAUUUCCUUUUCUUCCUAUAGCUUCUCUAAUUUGUGGCUUUUAAUUGAUGGAGGGGUAUCCCUAACUUUGUAAAGUUCGAUACAUUCUUGAGAGAAUAUUUGUUUGAUUUACUUUUAUGCCUUAUCAGAGAAAUGAUGCUCUCAAGUAUCCCACUUUACACUUCA